GGGAGGCCGAGGCUCCUCCCCGGUCCCUCCUCCACCAGCGGCCGGGGAGGAGAGGGUCGGGGCCGCCAAGCCGCGCCGGGCGGGCCAGGGACACAGUCAGCGUGCAGCCCACCUACCCGCCCGCCCGGCGGAGCUGCUCUGCCGGCAGCCACGGGGACAGCAGCCGGCCGGAGACUCGCAGUGCUGGCGGCGAGAGGCGGUCGGGUUUGGAGCGCUCGGGUCGCUUCGGUGCGCGGUGGAACGCCCCCAGAGCCCCGGGUUCCCGCGAGCAGCUCCGCGCCGCGCCUGGGAGACAAAGCCGAAAUUGCUGCUCAGCUCCCAAGAUGGUGCCACUGAAAUUGCAUGCGCUUUUCUACCUUUGCGGCUGCCUGGCUGUGGUUCAUCCUUUUGACUGGCAAUACCUAAAUCCUGUUGCCCAUAUGAAAUCAUCAGGAUGGGUCAACAAAAUACAAGUAGUGAUGGCUGCUGCAAGCUCUGGCGAAACUAAAAUUCCCCGGGGAAAUGGGCCUUAUUCUGUUGGUUGUACAGAUUUAAUGUUUGAUCACACUAAUAAGGGCACCUUCUUGCGCUUAUAUUACCCAUCCCAAGAUGAUGAUCGCCUUGACACCCUUUGGAUCCCAAACAAAGAAUAUUUUUGGGGUCUCAGUAAAUUUCUUGGAAGACACUGGCUUGUGGGCAACAUUUUGAGGUUACUCUUUGGUUCUGUGACAACUCCUGCAAACUGGAAUUCCCCGCUGAGGACUGGUGAAAAAUAUCCACUCAUUGUUUUUUCUCAUGGUCUUGGAGCAUUCAGGACACUUUAUUCUGCUAUUGGUAUUGACCUGGCAUCUCAUGGGUUUAUAGUUGCUGCUGUAGAACACAGAGAUGGAUCGGCAUCUGCAACUUACUAUUUCAAGGACCAAUCUGCUGUAGAAAUGGGGAACAAGUCUUGGCUCUAUUUUAGAACCCUGGAACAAGAGGAUAUGCAUAUACGAAAUAAGCAGGUACAGCAAAGAGCAAAAGAAUGUUCCCAAGCUCUCAGUCUGAUUCUUGACAUUGAUCAUGGAAAGCCAGUGAAGAAUGCAUUAGAUAUAAAGUUUGAUAUGGAACAACUGAAGGACUCUAUAGAUAGAGAAAAAGUAGCAGUAAUUGGACAUUCUUUUGGAGGAGCAACAGUUAUUCAGACUCUCAGUGAAGAUCAGAGAUUCAGAUGUGGUAUUGCCCUGGAUGCAUGGAUGUUUCCACUGGGUGAAGAAGUAUAUUCCAGAAUUCCUCAGCCUCUCUUUUUUAUUAACUCUGAAUAUUUCCAAUAUCCUGCUAAUAUCCUAAAAAUGAAAAAAUGCUACUCACCUGGUAAAGAAAGAAAGAUGAUUACAAUCAGGGGUUCAGUCCAUCAGAAUUUUGCUGACUUUACUUUUGGAACUGGCAAAGUAAUUGGACAUAUGCUCAAAUUAAAGGGAGAUAUAGAUUCAGAUGUAGCUAUUGAUCUUAGCAACAAAGCUUCAUUAGCAUUCUUGCAAAAGCAUUUAGGACUUCAUAAAGAUUUUGAUCAGUGGGACCGCUUGAUUGAAGGAGAUGAUCAGAAUCUUAUCCCAGGGACCAACAUUAACACAACCAAUCCGCACAUCAUGCUACGGAACUCUUCAGGAAUAGAGAAAUAGGAUUAAAGGGAUUUUGUUAAAGUCUUGUUCCAAAACUGUCUAAAAUUAUGCGUAUAUGUGUACAUGAGAGAAAGAGACAGACUUUUAAUGUAUUUUCCCAAAGGACUCAUUUUAAAAUAUGGGUGAUACUAUAGUGGUGAUUGAAACUUGGGCUAAGAAAUUUUUCCCUUUACAUGUAAAGAAUACAGUAUACAAUACUCA